AUCCGGGUAUCUUUCUCACCUGCCACGUUGCGUUCACCGCCAUUUUGAAUGGAAAACACCGGUGGAAAUUGAUUCGUGUGAAUGGUUUACGAGAUUGAUCAUCGUAUAUGAUUCGAGUUGUGCUCUUUGGUAUUGCGUGAUCGGGGCAAACGUAGUAGACAAUGCUUAGGAAUUGCAGUAUUUGUUUAUUGGUACUGCUGCUUGCGUUUGCCUUCUCGCGAGCAGUCGAGCUGACAUUCGAGUUGCCAGACAAUGCAAGACAGUGUUUUCACGAAGAAAUAGACGAAGGUGUCAAAGUCAGAUUAGAAUUCCAGGUUGUGACAGGUGGUCGUUAUGAUGUAGAUGCUAUUGUAGAAUCUCCCCAAGGAGGCAUUUUGUACAAAGAAACCAAGAAACAAUAUGACAGUUUUACUUGGAAAACAGACAGAAAAGGAGUUUAUAAAUUCUGUUUUAGUAAUGAAUUUUCAACUUUUGCACAUAAAGUUGUGUAUUUUGAUUUUAUGGUCGGUGAUGACGAUCUUCUUUCAAAUGAAGUGGGAAAACAUGCAACUGCAUUAACAUUGAUGGAGACAUCCUGUGUUGGAGUACAUGAAGCACUGAAAGUUGUCAUAGACUAUCAAACACAUUUUAGGUUACGAGAAGCACAGAGCCGUGUGCGAGCGGAACACAUGAAUGAACGUAUACAAUACUGGUCGGUAGGCCAGGCAGUGGUGAUCCUCGUUACUUCACUAGGACAAAUUCUUAUUUUAAGAAGUUUUUUCACAGAGAAGAGGCCUAGUUCAUCAGGAAAGAUUUAAAAAAAAUACAAACUUUUUUGACAUAUUUUUUUUACUUGUUGAAAAAACGUUAUUUUCAUAUGCAUCCGAGUUUCAAUCAACAUGAUGUAAUCAGAUGGUAUGGUAUGGCAUAGCGCAAACUAGAUUCCAUAAUCUGUCACCGCUAUUAAAAUAGUUUUUAUUAUCUAGUAUUUAAAAAUAAAUGUUCAAAUACCGUAUUUGCUCUAUUGGCGAGUGUAUGCACUAAUGUAAAUACUAUGUUGAAUACGCCACCAUUUGACCUAUGCGUGCACUUGUGAUAUGAUUUUUAAAACCGAAGCAAACAGAUGAUUGCUCAAAUAUCGACGGUUUUCCUGUAUUGCUCUACUCUAGUAUCGUAAGUUUUUUCUCAUGCUACUAACAAACAAAAAAAAAAACAAAAAAAAAACAGUAUUUUGGCCUUGCACUUUUUUUGAGUUGUGCUUCUAAUAGAGCAAAUAUGGUUGCGAUUUGAUCAAAAGCAUAUUCUUGGUGAGCUUGCCACAAGAAAGUUGAGCAUUAAUACAAGUUGGGUGUUAACGCUAUUAUGUUUGACAUAUCUGUUCUAUAUUAUUAAAUGUAUGCGUGUAAACCCAAUCUAGUCUACGGGAAUGUGAUGCACAUUGUAAAAUACAAUGUACUGCCAAUUCCUUGGCAUGCAUGGUCUGUGAUGACCCUUAAAACGGUCAUCUAACUUUUUGAUUCGCCCUUCAAACUCUUUUGUGAUGGGCUGCUGACUCGUGCACAGCCGGUAAAAAUAACUAGUUAUUCCAACGAUACAAGGGACCAGAUUCCCAAGUUACGGGUAACUAGUAUUUCCAGUUACCUUGAGAGUACAGUGCCUACCAUUCUGUGCCAGAUCUGUUAAGUUUGACCAAUCUCUUCACUGUAUCUCAUCACUUUGACAUUUGACUAUUGGCGUGUUGUGUCAGAAUUUAUAAUCUUUGUUCUACAAUUUUUCACUUUGCUCAUCUACUCGUUUUCUUUCUGUCUGCAAUUGUAUAAAAGGUAUUUUUUGUGUGUACAAUUUGUGAAUAGUUGGUGUAUAGAGUUCGUUUACUUUAAAUCUGCUUGACCUGUUUUUUGGUUGGAUGGGCUUCAUUUGAAUGUGAUAAUUUAUACGAUACAACCGUGCAGUUAUUUUGAAUAUUCUGCACGAUACAUAUGCAAAAUACACCAUGUGACUAUUUUGAACCAAUCAGAUGCAUUGUAGAAUUAAUAAUUUUAUGGCAUUCACAAGGAUUAGUGCAACUAUUCCUGUGAAAUGUUUUCUGCUGCCAAAUUUAGAUUUUCUUUUACUGGCAAAAUCCGUAUGCCGCAUUUAUAACCAGUGUCAAGACAGUUUUGUUGUAGAUAGGUAUUUUAUUUAAUAACUGGUUUUAUGUAUAAUUUAGUAAUGUAGUGUAUGAAAAUUAUGUCGUAUGAAAUAAAUGGUUCGUUUCUGGUAACCAUAGUAACCAGAUUGCUAGUGCCGACCAGAUCCGUUGUAUGUUCGAACUACAAAGUGAUGUUCACUUUACUUUUCUAGUUGCUAGACCAAUUCUUCGUGCACUUGGGGAAAGUUUUGAGAAAUGCUCCUAUACAGAACAAUAUUCACCGUCAGCAACGUGUUUGCUUAUCAGAUGAGAAGCUGCAAAGUCAUUGGACAAUAUAACAUUUAUCAAGAUUAGUUUAAACAAGUGGGCCAACCAUUCGUCUGCAUUUAUUGUAUUCAUUAUUGAUUCAUCUGUUGUACUUACUUUGAACAUAUUCAUUACAUAUUUUACCCCUGAAUCCUUUGGAUAGAACAGACUGGCUCAACCCCGGGAAUUUAAUUGUUGAUAAUUUAUUUCAAAGAAGUGAUCUGGAAGACUUGGGUGGCCUUAGACCUGUCAGGCGGCAAUAUUUGUGUAUCCCUAUGCAAGCUUAAAUCGCCACUAUCCCAUCUAUGUGAUGCAAACAGAAUGGAAAGAAAUUAAAUACACAACUCAAAUGCAAUUGAGACGAGACGUGAAAUUGAUCUAUGUAUGAUGGAAUGUAUAAAUGACAGGGUCAAGUCGCUAUACUGUGUGAUAAAAAUGAAAUCUGUGAAACCCACCCAACUGGUAGUACUAAACGUUACAGAAACACUCUAUUCGUUCAAACUUUUCUCAUUUUGCAUUGAACCCUGCCCCUUGCAUACAUGUUUAUCAUGCUGCUUGUAUUGUAGCUUUGUCUUCAUAUUUAUUAGUCGUGGAGCAGUCUAGAUAUUUGUCUAGCCAUAUUAAAAGAUGUCUGUAGAGUUUGCAUUAACUGUAGAAAUGAAACUCCAAAGUAAAGCCAUCACUGUUUGACAUUGAAAAACUGAAAUGUAUUUUUCUGCCGUAGAAUUCAUAUGAAUGUCUUAGUAUGCACAAUAUUUUUUUAGUAAUAGCAUUAAAUCCAAAUUAAAUGUGUAAUAAUAAGAGGGGAGUUUUGAACAAUGUGAUGUAAUUGUUAUGAAGCCAAUUCAUAUUCACAGUUGUAUGAAAUAUUUAUUUUGAUUCAGUUCCGAUGUGCAAAAUAAAUUUAUUAAAUAGCAACAGUGAUUAUUUGGUUGACACUUUUCGUUCAUAAACUGAUGUUCGUAUGAGUACCGUAUACAUGAUGAGCAAUGUCUGCCGUUGCUUGAUUGCUGGUAUUUUUAGGGUUCGUAAAUCCUGCGAUACUGUAUAUCGCGUGUAUUUUCUAACUCUGGGAAACCAUAAUACUGCACUCUUACUAAGCUUUGGAUGGAAUUGUUUUGUUUAAGACUGGCUAUAAUGUUUACUUGCUGUAUUCCAUGAACGUGUAGUGUUUAAAUAUGUCUGAAUUAAAAUAAUUCUAUCAAUGUGUUAUU